UUGCAACAUCCACGAGAAGCUUGGCAUUAAUUUGAUCCAAUUGAGAUCGGCUGAAAAAAAUGUACAGAGCGGAACUAAAAGUACUAUUCGCUAUAAUGCAGUGGCAUCAUACACGCGUUGUACAUUUAUUUGGUCCUGUCAUGUUUUGCUUCCGUGUGGGAACAACGCUCUUGUGCCUUCAUUGGUUAGGAUUUACAUGUUGACAUUUCUGUGUGAAAUGGGGAAAAAUACUGAACCGUCGGUAGCUAUAUAGUUGGUAAAAUAAAAAUUACAAUUAAAAAACUUGCAGCUAGCUAGCUACACUAGAACAUGUCUAUGUACGUUUGCGUUUGAUGGCAUGCUUUUUUUGAUUUAGUAAGUAGCUAGGUAGCUAGCUAGCUAACAAAAUGUUAACCAGGCUUGGAGUUUUUGGUUAUAUGAACAUUGUCAAAACACUUUGCACUAGUACAAAUAGGUACCUUCAAGGCUUCGCCUCAGAUAAUGAUAUAAAGAAAUUUAUUAUAGAAAACACUGAGAUAGUAAGAAAGCAUAAUUUGACCCCAGAAAUCCAUUUGAGACUGUUCACCCCAAAUUGUCGGUUUUGGCAUGCAAGACCAGAACUGUGGCCUUUCUCUGACCCAUUCUGGGCAAUAUACUGGCCAGGGGGACAAGCACUCGCCAGGUAUCUAUUGAGUAACCCUGGAGUGUCACAGGGCAAGAGAGUGUUAGAUCUGGGGUGCGGCUGUGGAGCCUCUGCUAUAGCUGCCAAGUUCUGCGGUGCUUCUCAUGUAGUAGCCAAUGACAUCGACCCUGUUGCAGCCAUCGCGACCCAGCUGAACUGUGAGCUGAAUGGCCUGAACCCCCUCCCUUGUGAUACGGAGAAUGUGAUUAGUUCAGAGCCCGAGGAAUAUGACCUCAUCCUCCUGGGAGACAUGUUCUAUGAGGAGGCAUUGGCGGACAGCCUUCACAGCUGGUUAAACUGCUGCAUCCAGACCCACGGGACACAGGUCCUGAUAGGAGACCCGGGGAGGGCCCAGUUUGAAGGACACGGCAUCAGGAGGCUCCUGCGUCAGGAGGCUCAGUUUGAACUGCCUAAAGCUGUCAGAGAGGAGAACUAUGGACUGACCUGCAGCACUGUAUGGCGCUACCUGCCUGAACUCUGACAGACAUCUUUCACAAACCCAUAUUUGUAUGUGCUUUAGAGCACUCCUUCAACUGUUGUUGUUUGUGACACUUGACAUAUGAUUGUGGAAUUGCUAUCAGCAAGUGCCUGGCAUUGACUCAAUUAAAACGUGUCAAUCUUCUUUGCCAUGAAGUCAAAUGUACUGUUGUUAAACAAACACCUCUUUUGACAUCUCAAACCUAAGCAUAUCUCUUUUAUUCAAAACCCAGCAAUAAUGCCCCAGUAGUAUGGGGUGUUGUCUCAACAACAAAGUUGUACACAGAUCUAUGAUUUGAAAAUGACAAGUAACAAAUGUAAAACAGUACAUAUUUCAAAUGCAAUCAAUCACAUCUGUGUUAACAAUAAAGCAUGUAAACUUACACUGCAGUCAGACUGCAAUCCAAUGACCUAACAGUAGGGGGCAUCCACACUCCUAUCAUUCAUGACAUGUCCUGAUUUAGCCACUACCUCCUGACCCUGAGUUGGCUCUAUAAAAAUUAUACUCCAUAUUUAUUCAUCUGGCAGAUAAACACGCCCUUUUUAAAUAAUUCAUAGUCAAAUAUAGAUUAAACCCUUGGUUUUGUUUGGAAUUAUUUGAGCUCAUUCAGAGGAGAAAUCAGGCUUGGGCCAAAGCAAGGAAACUGACUCUGUAGUGGACUGGCAAUCCUUCAGACAAUUGAGGAACAGAUGUACUAUCUCGUUUAAGAAAGCUAAAUCAAGCUACUUUUUAAGCUCUUAUUUUGGAAAACAGAAAAUGCACUGAAGCGUACAAAUUCCUCUUCCUCCCUGCCUUAUCAAGUUCUGCCUGACUGGCAUCAUAACUGAGAAGAAUAUGAUAAGUGAUGCUUUUAAUCAUAAUUUUAUCUCGGCAUGCUUUUUAUUUGAGAGAAACGGUGGUAUAGUUGACCCUGGUCAGUCAAUCAUCUGCUCUUCCCUCUGCCAGACUCUAGCUGACUCGACAGUUAAUCUGUCAACUUCUAGGGAAUCUUUGUUUUAAUUUCAACAAUUUACUAUCUGUUAUGUGCUAGAUGCCUUGCUUAAGAUUGAUGUAAAAUAAAUCCUCUGGCGCUGA